GGCACAGGUGGGCGCGGGCAGCCAUGGUGGCCAGGCUGAGCCAGCUGCAGGCGGAGCUCCUGGGCGCCCUGCUGGAGUCGGGCCUGAGCAAGGAGGCGCUGAUCCAGGCGUUGGGUGAGCCGGGGCCCUGCCUGCUGGGGGCCGACGGCCACCUGGACAAGGGGGAGCCGGCCGAGCUGCCCAACGGGCUGGGGGAGCCGCGGGGCUCCGAGGAGGAGACGGACGACGAUGGUGAGGACUUUGCGCCACCCAUCCUCAAGGAGCUGGAGAACCUCAGCCCCGAGGAGGCAGCCCACCAGAAGGCCGUGGUGGAGACCCUGCUGCAGGAGGACCCAUGGCGUGUGGCCAAGAUGGUCAAAUCUUACCUGCAGCAGCACAACAUCCCCCAGCGGGAGGUGGUGGACACCACGGGCCUCAACCAAUCCCACCUGUCCCAGCACCUCAACAAAGGCACCCCCAUGAAGACGCAGAAGCGAGCCGCGCUGUACACCUGGUACGUCCGCAAGCAGCGAGAGGUGGCCCAGCAGUUCACCCAUGCAGGCCAGGGUGGGCUGGUGGAAGAACCCACGGGCGAUGAGCUUCCCACCAAGAAGGGACGGAGGAACCGUUUCAAGUGGGGCCCGGCCUCCCAGCAGAUUCUGUUCCAGGCCUAUGAGAGGCAGAAGAACCCCAGCAAGGAGGAGCGGGAGGCGCUGGUGGAGGAGUGUAACAGGGCCGAGUGCAUCCAGAGGGGCGUGUCGCCAUCGCAGGCUCAGGGGCUGGGCUCCAACCUGGUGACAGAGGUGCGGGUCUACAACUGGUUUGCCAAUCGGCGCAAGGAGGAGGCCUUCCGGCACAAGCUGGCCAUGGACACGUACAGCGGGCCCCCACCUGGACCAGGCCCGGGCUCGGCGCUGCCUGGACACAGCUCCCCGGGCCUUGCUCCACCCGCUCUCUCUCCUGGCAAGGUCCACGGUGUGCGCUAUGGACAGCCCACAACCAGCGAGGGAGCAGAUGGACCCUCCGGCAGUGGGGGCCCCCUGGUGACAGUGUCUGCCUCCCUGCACCAAGUGUCUCCCACAGGCCUGGAGCCCAGUCACAGCCUGCUGAGCACAGAAGCCAAGCUGGUCUCAGCAACCGGGGGCCCUCUGCCCCCUGUCAGCACACUGACAGCCCUGCACAGCCUGGAGCAGACGUCCCCAGGCCUCAACCAACAGCCCCAGAAUCUCAUCAUGGCCUCGCUGCCCGGGGUGAUGGCCAUUGGGCCGGGUGAGCCUGCCUCCCUGGGCCCCACCUUCACCAACACGGGCGCCUCCACACUGGUCAUUGGCCUGGCGACCACGCAGGCGCAGAGCGUUCCCGUCAUCAAUAGCAUGGGCAGCAGUCUGACCACACUGCAGCCAGUGCAGUUCUCGCAGCCGCUGCACCCCUCCUACCAGCAGCCACUCAUGUCCCCUGUGCAGAGCCAUGUCACCCAGAGUCCCUUCAUGGCCACCAUGGCCCAGCUGCAGAGCCCUCACGCCCUCUAUAGCCACAAGCCCGAGGUGGCCCAGUACACCCACACGGGGCUGCUUCCGCAGACCAUGCUCAUCGCAGACACCUCCAACCUGGGCGCGCUGGCCAGCCUCACGCCCAAGCAGGUCUUCACCUCUGAGGCGGAGGCCUCCAGCGAGUCCGGGCUUCCCACGCCGGUGUCCCAGGCCACCACCAUCCACAUCCCGAAUCAGGACCCGGGCGGCAUCCAACACCUGCAGCCACACAGGCUCAGCGCCAGCCCCAGCGUGUCCUCCAGCAGCCUGGUGCUGUACCAGAGCUCUGACUCCACCAACGGCCAUAGCCACCUACUGCCGUCCAGCCACAGUGUCAUUGAGACCUUCAUCUCCACGCAGAUGGCCUCUUCCUCCCAGUAACCCCGGUGUCUGCCUGGGGGGGGGGGGGGGGGGGAGGACACCACCUGGCUGCCAGUGGGCUGUGGCUCCCAGCCCUGGAAAGCCAUCCUGCAGUCCCCACCCUGCCCUGCCAGCUUCUGUCACUUGAAGGGACAGAGAGCCAGGAGGUGCUGUCCCCACUGCUCAGGGUUGGCCAUGUCCCCUGGGGCAGGCUCUGGACCCAGCACCCGGCAGAAACCUCUGGGACAUGUACGAGUGUAGCUGUGACUCCCAGAGAGGCUCUGGAUCAGGCUGGUCUCUGGGGUCCUCCACGACCUCAUCAGGCCACUCCAUUCUGGCCGGCACCUGCCUGCCACCUCCACAUGGAACAUUUCCUCAGCCGCUGCUCUGUGCCAGGACUUGGGGUCCACAGGCCCAAGCCUCAGGGGAACCCAGCUGACAGGCAAGUCCUGCAGGUUCAUGGCUCCCCUCAUCUGGAGACACCCACACCUCCCAGGACAUUCACUGCCCUCUGCGUCACGCCUACUUGUGCCCGCCUGCCGCCUGCCACCUUGCCUGUCCUGCAAAGUCCCUGUGUGUGUGUGUGUGAAGCUGCCCUUCAGCCUACGGGAGCCUCGUCACUGUGCCGGGGCCACAGCCAGGCCUCUGUGGCAACUCCUGCUUCUGAGGCUCUGGAGACCCUUCCCUGGUGUUGGGGAGAAGCGGCGGGGACCUGGAGAAGCCACAUGUACAGACAGGACAGGUGCCCAGGAGCUGGGGGAACGGGCCCCUGAGGGAGGGAGGCAGGGCCAGGCAAGAACUAGUCCCCCCUGCAGCUCACUGCCAGCUAAGGCUGAGCCUGUACAUUUAUUUAACUUUUAGUAAAUAUGGAAUAUUCUGGAAACUUUU